CCCGCAUCAGCCGAAAAAACUUUUUACUUGAUUUUAUUUUAUCUGUGCCUGCCUGACUUCGCUUUGGUUGGGUGCGUUUGCUUUUACCGUGCGUUGUAAAAAGUCUUUCAUUUUUAUAAUUUUCACAAUUAAUUAAUUAUCGUAGUUCCUUGAAUGUGUUUCUGAUCAAGUGGUACCAGUGAAAUCCUUAUGAGGAUGAUAAUCAAUGCUGCUGUGUACUGAAUAUGGCUGACGAAAGACUAGUGGUUUUGAAGCGUACUAGUGACAAUUUAGGAUUCGGAUUUUCUUUGCUGGGUGAAGCCGGUUUGCCACACAUCAUAUACGAAAUCGAAGAAAAUUCUCCAGCGGCUCGUAGUGGCGAGGUUGAAGCUGGAGACGUAUUGCUCAAGGUCAAUGGGACUGAUGUAAACCGGUUCACUACUCGGGAAGUUUUAAAAUGCUUACGGCUAUCUUCGGAUCCCGUCACUCUAAGACUGAAAAAAGACCCUCAAAUCAAAGCCAGCGUCCGGAGGUACUUGGUCGCAGCAGCGGAAAGACGGUCGACCGGCUUACGCACUAACCACGAUAAAUCGAGCUCACUACCUUCGAGCAACUCAAACAGCAACUCGAACAGCAAUUCGAACAGCAACUCAUCCAGCAACUCGUCGAGUAACGGGUCGGGUGUUCAGUCCGGCGACAGUUGCGAGAACCUCCUUCCGGACGAGAAGCCGCGGCGGCCGCGCGCCAACCAACCCAAGUUCGAAGCCUACAUGAUGACGGGCGACCUCAUGUUGAAUCUCUCGAGGGUAGAGCAUCCACAUCAUAACCACCACGCGCCAACACAUCGGACACAUUACCACAGGUACAACUCAACGCCAGCGUCGCCCAGCGAAAGUCGUUUAUGCGGACGCGCAGAUCUCACGCAACGACACAACUCCUCGCCUGACACCGGACUGGUCAGCGAACAUGCCACUAAAAUGUUCAUAUCGCAGCCGGCGUCGCCGGCGGGCGCGGGCGCGGCGUCGAGCGAGCAGCUGUCGCGGCCGCCGCACACCGUGAGGACUUCGCGCUCUGAAGAUCAUUUGCAGUUUCAGAAGGAGUCUUCCCUGAGUGCGGUGGCGGUGGAUAUGGAGGAGGAUGUGACGUCAUCGCUCAAUACGCUGCUUGACGCCCGACCUGAUUCUGCCACGCCCGCACCACGAUCGGAACGUGAUCGGAUCGUAUGGACGUACAACGCGCCAGUAUCGAGUGCAAGUGAACGCGGCCACUGUAACGGCUCCGGAGCCACCUCCAACUCCACCUCUAUAUCUGACGGCAUGUCACAGAGAUCGUCAUCGCCCGCAUCUCCAACGUCAGUGUCGUCGUCGGUGAUGUCCUCCCGAGCGACUCCGCCGCAUAGAGCGCUACAACCUUUGUCAGCACAUCAUCACAGACUUAACGGCGACAUGAGUCUAUCGGAAGCCGUGUCAAACAUAUCUAGUCCGGACUACCAAGACCAAGACGACAUGUUCGAAACUGGCCGUGAAUGCCCCAGAAUGGAGCUCUCCGACCCAUCAGACUCAGAUUCCACCAUCUUAGUAUCCGAACCAUGCCACAAACGAGCCAAAUCCAACUCCACAUACUCCAACGAACACGGCAGUGACGUCACACUCAACGGAGAUAACGACUAUAGGAUAGUAAUACAGGUGAAGGGACCGGAUAAACAGAAUGCGAAUAUAGAGAAUGUAAAUAAUAAUAAUAAUUGUACACAGAACGGAAAGGAGAAUGGACACAAUUCACCGGAGAAUCAAGGGUACCAGGAGCUGGGUAGCGGGUCAGACGGUGGUUCGGACGAAGGUUCCGACGGGGAUUCCCUACAUUCGUUCCACUACAGCCCUAAAGCCGUGGACAUACCGUCAGCUGAGCGGCUCGCUAAGAGGCUGUACCACCUUGAUGGGUUCAAGAAAUCCGAUGUUUCGAGACAUCUUAGUAAAAACAACGAAUUUUCUCGCGCCGUGGCGGAAGAGUAUGUGCGACACUUCUCGUUCGCGGGCGCGACAUUAGACGCCGCGCUGCGAGCCUUCUUGGCACGGUUCGCGCUCAGCGGCGAGACGCAGGAGAGAGAAAGAGUUCUAGUGCAUUUUAGCAGGCGAUAUCUGGAGUGUAACCCCAAUUCGUUUAACUCACAAGACGCCGUCCACACGCUAACUUGCGCACUAAUGCUUCUCAACACGGAUUUGCACGGCUGCGGCGGCGCCUUCCGGCGGAUGUCGUGCGCGGAGUUCAUUGACAACCUCGCGGAACUCAACGACGGCGAGAACUUCCCCCGCGACACGCUCAAGCAGCUCUACCACGCCAUACGCACGCAGCCGCUGCAGUGGGCGCUAGACUCAGAAUCCGGCGGCGGCGAAUCCGCUGCGGCGACCGUUACGAACUCUAACAACCGUUCCACCAACCCGUUCUUAGACGUGCCCGACCAGAGUCGCGCCGUGGAGUACAAGAAGGGCUACGUCAUGAGGAAGUGCUGCGUCGACGCUAACGGCAAAAAGACUCCAUUUGGUCGGCGUGGCUGGAAGAUGUUCUACUGCACGCUGCGGGACCUCGUAUUAUAUCUACACAAGGACGAGCACGGCUUCCGACGCAGCCAGAUGUCAGACAACCUACAUAAUGCCAUCAGAAUACACCAUGCUUUAGCUACGAAAGCGACGGAUUACACUAAAAAGCAGCACGUGUUUCGAUUGCAGACUGCGGACCAAGCUGAAUACUUAUUUCAGACGAGUGAUUCGAAAGAGCUGUGUUCGUGGGUGGAGACGAUCAACUUCGUGUGCGCGGCGUACUCGGCGCCCCCGCUGGCGGGCGCGGUGGGGUCGCAGCGCAAGUUCCAGCGCCCGCUGCUGCCCUGCGCCCACACCAAGCUCUCUAUGCGGGAACAACUACAAGAACAUGAGGAAAGAGCUGCGCGGUUAGAAGAAGAGUUGGCGGCGUUGAGACACGCGCGAGACAACUCGCCUCAUUCCCGCGACAAGGAGCACUACCUCGUCUAUGAAGUGAAGCGGUACCGCACGUACGCGCACGCGAUGGCGGCGCGGCGCGCGGGCGGCGCGGAGGACGCGGCGCCCGCGCUGCCCGAGCGCGAGCGCGAGCGCCCGCCGCCGCCCUGACGCGCCAUGGCGGUGUUUGCCGCCUGCGUGCUGUGACCCCGCCCCCCGCGCUGCCCGUGCACGUCCGCCGCGACCGACUGACAUGCACGUCAUGAUGCCACUUCUAUACGUUCCUAUUACAUCACAGAUUUCAUACAAUGAUUUCUUAAUUGAAUACAUAAAAGUAAAAAACCUUGCAAAUAUCAUUGAAACGUAAAAUUUCUAGAUACCUGUUUUUUGCUGGCUCGGUUACUGAAUAGAUUUCCUUGCAAAAGGACCUUUGUCAAAGUCGUGUCGCUCGACGCGUUACGAAUUACUUUUAUGGAAUAAGCUAUACUAAACAUACAUUUUCUAUUAAAUAAAAUAUAAGAAGCCAUAUGUAAGGAACAGAAAAAAAAUGAGCCAUUUGAAUGCAACGGGUGAUGUCAUAUGAAAAAAGGAUGUGGCGGCAUCUUACAAUGACGUGUCAAAAUUAAAGCGACCUAAACUUUUAGACCAAGCAAAGGAACAUGAAUAAAACCGUUAUUCCAAUUCCUUCGCUUGAUCUAAAGUAUAAGGGGUGCGGUGUGAUGAAAGGCCGGCGGCGCGCUCCACUGGGAAACUAUUAGGUACGAGUUAAAAUUAAAGUUUUAAUGUCGAUUCAUCUAGUCCCGUCUUCCUUGCAAUACGUUUACCGCGUGACGACUGUAGGUCACUACUGGUGAGACCAUAGAAUUCGCAAUAAGACAAAAGGAAUGCCUAAGUACUGAUAAUAAACUAUAGGAAUGAUUUGGCUCGUCUUGCGUCACACUUUUAAGCCUCAAAUAAAUCUCAGAAUUGAGAUGCAAGGUGAAAACGUUGUGGUGUCACGAAUAUAAUUAUGUUCACCAGAACUUAGCACUUCUAUUGUCUAAUGGUAUGUCGAAGUCUAUGGAUGAAAUAAUGAUGCUCAUCAACUACUGAUGAGGCUUCUUUUAUUUACCUAUAAUACUCAAAAAUAUAGGUCGAAACGCUUGUGCAUGUAACUAUGCACUUAUUAGUGUUUAAAAGCCCUUAAACUCUUGUAGAAGUAUUAAUUUCGGUGUACAAUUUCAAAUUACCGACUGAUUUUGUAAUCGCGAUCCAGUUUGGCCUGAACAAAAAGUUGUUAUUUUAUGUUCUAGAUCAGUUAGUUUGGAAAUAAUACGCUUUAAUUAUUAUUAGUCGAACAUAUUGGCUUCAGUAUAUGUUGUAAGAAAUUAUUUAUCAUUCCAUGUUUCCUGUUCCUAUUAUGCCAACUGCCAAAAAGACGUUGACUAGUCGUAUCUAGAAGAAAAUAUCACUUAUCCUUUUUUAUUUAUCCUUGUUUUGUUCUUCUUUAAAGCCUUCUUCUUUAAAUUCAAAAAUGUGCAAUUUCUUUUCAACUGGACAUGCUGGCUGGCACAGCUGGACAUUAAAAUCCUCUUUACUCUCUCUUAAUCUGGGUUCACACUUUGGUAUGUAUACGUAAGUCGGCUUUCGAAUGUUGGUGGAGGCGUUCACCACAAAAAACCAACGAAGGCUAGAAACCCCAUUCGUUGGCCUUCAUUGGCCCGCGCCCAGUAUAUACGCAGUUUAAACUUCGGGUUCGGCCCGCGCAGUUUUGGCAGUUGGUGUAUCGUGAAUAUGAACGGCAAGUGAAUCAUUGGUCGCUGACGUCACAUGUGGUCGAUCGUCAUUACAAGACAGAAACUGAAUUUAUUACGAUGUUGUAAAUACAUUUUAAAGAGACUGAUAAGUGAAGUUAUUUAUUUUGUUUUGUAAAUCCACCAGUGUCAAAUGUUAGACAUCGAUAUAGAGUAACAGUUAUUCAUACAAUAGGAUCUCACAUGUAAUUAUAGCUCUUAGAAUGAAAGUGUGUCAUGAGAUUUGGAACUGUUAAACCAAAUUAAAUUUUGGGCGUUGAAAAAUGUGUGUCUUGAUGUAUUUUGUAUGAGCUUUUUUUUAACAUUAUAUUCUUUUCAUAGUAAUUAUAUGUAUCUGUAUAACAUCAGUCGUCAAAAUUUUGUUUAUUCGCAAUGGCCAAUUCCUACUUUGAUUAAUUCUAUUGAUUUGUAUUUAAUUAUUUCAGAUGUUAAUUAUUAUUCUUAUUGUAAAAGAUGAAAGUCAAUUUCGGAGAAAAUGUUAGUAACGAGGAGCUACUAGAUGGAAGGUAAUGAAUUGACAGUACUUAGUACUUAUCAAGAUUGAGCUGACAUUGUGAUAUGUGAAAGAACUUUUUAUAACGGAAGUCGAGCUCUGUGGAGGUUUGUGAUUACAGAUUGGCAUAAAGCAUGUGUAUUUAUUAUUUAACUUCGAAGCUCUAGUUGAGUACAUAUUCUGCAUUGACAAAAUUUGCCAGUAAAGCUCUAGUGAUAAUGACGACGGCUCAACAUCCUUUCUGCAGAGCAAAGUCGAUUGAUAUUAGAUUGUUUUAGUUGUAAACCUAAUCAUUGUAAAUAUACUAUUUUUUACGAAUUAUUUACAUGUUACUUUUAUUUUUAUAUUAUUUACUGAAAUGUAUAGCUUGAUUAGUUUUGUUUUUAUUAUUAUAAAAUGUUGUGUGUGCGCGCGCCUUGCAAAACUGCACUUUUCAGCUUAACGAAUUUCUCAAGAAAUAAAUUUAUAAAUAAAAUGCCAUAAACUUAAUCU